UUAUUUUCAGCAUACAUUUUAGUCGACUCUGCCUGCCACAGUCGCACAUCUAAUUUUGAUCUCAUUAGUCUGAGAUCCUAUUGUAAUAAAAUUAAAUAAAAUAAAAAUUAUACCUACCACCACACUAUUAUAAAAUUAAUAUUUGAAGAAUAAAGAAAAAGAAAAAAGUUCUAUUAGAACCUGCUCUUUGAAUAAAAAUCGAUUUCUCACAGCCCUUGUACAAGUGCAUAUCAUAUCACGAAUUAACUUCAAUUAAAAAAGAAGGUCUUGCUGUGGAAAAAACCUUAAAGUGUUAAUUUAUUCACAGUUCAAUCAAAAAAAGAGGAAUAUCAAUUAAAGAAGAAAGAAGAUGUUUUCAAUAUUACCAAGAAUAUCACGGCAAUCGGCGGCGUUUAGAUAUCAUGAACGCUGCAUUAGUUCGGUUGUACCAAGUGCCAAUCUACCCGAUUGUGGAAUUGUUAACGAACCCAUUUUAUCAUACGGCAAGGAUUCCCCCGAGCGAAAAGCUCUUAAAGCUACCCUCAAAUCGACCGCUGAUAAAUGCGAAGAAAUUCCCAUUGUUAUUGGCGGGCAAGAAAUUAAAACAAAAGAUGUACGCUACCAGGUGAUGCCACACAAUCAUUCGCACAAAAUUGCCAAAUUCUAUUGGGCCGAUCAAAAGAUAAUCGAGAAUGCAAUUGAAGUUGCUACCGAAGCACAAACUAAAUGGGAUCGUACACCAUUGACCGAACGAGUUAAAAUAUGGAAUCGAGCUGCUGAUUUAAUGGCUGGAAAAUAUCGUCAGGAAUUGAAUGCCGCCACAAUGUUGGGUCAAGCUAAGACUGUUAUUCAAGCUGAAAUUGAUUCAGCAGCUGAAUUAGUUGAUUUCAUACGAAUGAAUGCGUAUUUUCUGAAAGAAUGCACAAAAUACCAGCCAAUUAGCGAAAAUGCUAAAGUGACUAAAAAUUCGAUGAGAUAUCGUGGUAUCGAUGGUUUUGUUGCUGCUGUUAGUCCUUUCAACUUCACGGCCAUCGGUGGCAAUUUGGCCUAUACCCCAGCACUAAUGGGUUGUGCAGUAUUAUGGAAGCCAUCGGAUACUGCGGUGCUUUCUAAUUGGCGAAUUUUUAAUGCUAUGCGAGAAGCAGGCGUACCAGAUGGGGUUGUGAACUUUGUUCCUGCUGAUGGACCAGUUUUUGGUGAUACUAUUACUAAAUCUCCUUAUUUAGCUGGUAUCAAUUUUACAGGUUCUGUUCCAACAUUUAAUCGGUUGUGGAAGCAAGUUGGUAACAACAUUGACAAAUACAGAAACUUCCCACGAUUGGUUGGAGAAUGUGGAGGCAAGAACUUCCAUUUUAUUCACCCAUCGGCAGAUUUGGAGACUACUAUUGCAGCAACUAUUCGAGCUGCAUUUGAAUUUUGUGGACAAAAAUGUUCAGCGUGUUCAAGGAUGUAUGUUCCAGAGUCAUUAUGGUCUAAAAUUAAACCAGGACUUAUUGAAAAAGCUUCCAAAUUGAAAAUUGGAGAUGUUCAAGAUUUUUCAUCCUUUACAUCAGCAGUUAUCGAUGAAAAGGCAUUCCAACGCAUCAAAUCAUACAUUGAACAUGCGAAAUGCAAUUCGAACACUGAAGUUCUAGUAGGUGGAACUUACUCAGAUAAGAAGGGUUACUUUGUGAAUCCAACGAUUGUAGAAACUAAGGAUCCUCAUGAUAAAUUAAUGACGGAGGAAAUUUUCGGACCAGUUUUAACUGUGUACGUUUAUAAGGAUAGUGCAUUGGAGGAGACUAUGAAUAUGGUAACCACAUCAACACCAUUCGCACUAACUGGUGCUGUUUUUGCCACUGACGAGUGUUUCUUAACUCAUGCCCUGGAUAAAUUUAAAAUGGCAGCUGGUAACUUCUACAUCAAUGAUAAAUCAACUGGUGCCGUUGUGGGACAACAACCUUUCGGAGGUGGUCGAAUGUCUGGAACAAACGACAAAGCUGGUGGACCACAUUAUGUUCUCCGCUGGACAUCACCUCAAGCCAUUAAGGAAACAUUUGUUCCUCUGCCAGAUGUUGAAUAUCCUUACAUGAAGGAAUAAGACAAUACGAAAAUUCUCUCUUAAUGCUCGAAUAAAUGUUAACUAUUUAGAUACACGUUAAUUAAAGACAAUAAGAAAACAAAUAAGGUAACAAAAAUAAAAAAACUGAAUAAAAAAAUUGUUGCAAAGGGGGCUAAGUUAUAGUUUCACAUAUUUAUCAUAGCAUUUCACAUUAUUUAAUUUAAUAUUAAUACAAAAAUAAAUUAACUAUAGUCGUGAGUGUGGCUUUGUGUCUAAUUAAAGUGUAAAUCUAUAACAGAAUACAAAUUAUAAAGAAUAAACAUUUUAAAAUUAAUAUAAUAA